ACUUGAGCUUGAUGACAAGACAUCUCGAGCUGUGCCGAGUCUGUCUUGUGGCAAUGAACGCUGGACCUGCCGAUUGAGCUCUGACAGGAUCUAGUGCUUUGUCACUUACUCGAAUUCUCACUAACUCACCGCCGUCAACAUGGACGCCAAGAUGAAUAACACGGUCGUGGGCAUUAUCGGCAUGGGCGACAUGGGAAAGAUGUACGCGCGGAGGAUUGCUGAUGCGGGCUGGACCGUACACGCUUGCGACUUGCCAGACAAAUACGAGACACUUCAGGCAGAGUUCUCCAGCAGAAAAAACGUCCACAUCCUCCAGAAUGGCCAUCUCGUCUCACGCAGUAGUGACUGGAUCAUGUACUCUGUCGAAGCUAAAAACAUGGAUAGCAUCGUCGGUCAAUUCGGUCCCUCCACAAAGCAAGGCGCCAUCGUCGGCGGCCAAACCUCUACCAAAGCCCCCGAGAUCGCCGCCUUUGAGAAACACCUCCCCUCCGACAUCGAAAUCGUCUCCUGCCACUCCCUCCACGGCCCCGGCGUAAACCCCAAGGGCCAACCCCUCGUCAUCAUCAAUCACCGCGCCUCCACCAAAUCCGUUGCCCUCGUCGAACGCAUCCUCUCCUGCUUCGAGUCCAAAUUCGUGCCCCUCUCCGCCGAACACCACGACCGCAUCACCGCCGAUACCCAAGCCGUCACCCACGCCGCCUUCCUCUCCAUGGGCGUCGCCUGGCAAGCCAACAACCAAUUCCCUUGGGAAAUUCCUCGCUACAUCGGCGGCAUCGAGAACGUGAAAAUCAACCUGAUGAUGCGCAUCUACAGCAACAAAUGGCACGUCUACGCCGGUCUCGCGAUCCUCAAUCCCGCUGCGAAACGUCAAAUUCGCCAGUACGCCGAGAGCGUGACAGAACUCUUCAAGCUCAUGCUCGGCAACCACCGUGAGGAAUUCACCACUCGCAUCCACACCGCUCGAAGGGCUGUUUUCGGCGACACACCACCGGGCAAGGACGGCGAGAACCUCCUACUUCAAGACGACCUCCUCGACCGCUUCAGUCUCGGCACCAAACCCCCGAUCAAGGUGAAGAAUAACCACCUCUCCCUCCUCGCCAUGGUCGACUGCUGGUGGAAACUCGGCAUCGUCCCCUACGACCACAUGAUCUGUUCCACGCCGCUCUUCCGUCUCUGGCUCGGCAUAACAGAGUACCUCUAUCGCAACCCAUCCCUCCUGUCCGAAUGCAUUACCACCGCCCUCAACGACACCUCCUUUCGCGCCGAUGAUUUGGAGUUCACGUUCGCCGCCCGGGAUUGGAGUGAACGGGUGGAUCUGGGGAAUAUGGAGGGAUAUCGGGAGAAGUUUGAAAAGGUGCAGAGGUAUUUUGCGCCGCGGUUUGAGGAGGCAGGGAGGGUGGGGAAUGAGAUGAUCAAGACGAUUGAGGAGGGGUUGAGGGAGAGGGAUGGUGGGGAGUGA